AUGAAUUAUUCAAAUGAUAUUGAGUACCCAAAGAAGAUAUUGAACUACAUGGAGUGCUUCUUGGUGUCCAAGCACAACGCUAACAGCAUUGUAUUUCUUUCCAGAGAAGGGAAGAACCAAUAUGAAAAAGCGUUUGGUGUCAGUUCAGGUGACCUCUUCGAAGUCUUGUACAGAAAUGAUGAAGAAAUGAUUACAUUCACGAAGCUCAUGAACUCGGUUUGGAAUAUAUGUGGUAAAGAUGUGGUCACAGCCUUUGACCUCUCACCUUUUAAAAGCAUAUACGAUCUUGGGGGUUGCAGUGGUGCAACCUGGGUGUGCAAACAGUGUGUGUUUGCAUACCCAGAAUCCAUGGUGACAAUCUUCGAUCUCCCUAAGGUUGUACAAAUGGCAAAGGAGCACUUUGUGUCAUUGGAUGAGAGGAGAAUUUCAUUCCAUGAAGGAGACUUCUUUAGAGAUCCCAUUACUGCCUCUGACCUCUAUAUCCUGGCUCGGAUUCUUCACGACUGGACAGACGAGAAAUGUCUGGAGCUGCUCAUCAAAGUGAACAAGGCGUGUAAACCAGGAGGUGGGUUGCUGCUGAUUGAAGCCUUAUUGAGUGAAGACAAGAGCGGUCCUCUAACAACCCAACUCUACUCACUUAAUAUGCUGGUGCAUAUUAAGUAGGGGUGAGAAAGGUCUCCCUCAGAGUACAUCCACCUCAUGGAAGCAGCAGGAUUUACAGACAUUCAGGUCAAGUGGACUGGAAAACUGUAUGAUGCUGUUUUGGGAAGAAAGUAAACUGGCCUUUUAAUUGCUUUUAGACUGCCAUGGUUCACUAACUUACUCUCUGUUUAUGUGUUUUGGGCCUAAAUUAAAUUACUGUAUCUCCCAUUAUCAUCUACUCACCAUUAGGUGUAGUUUUUGACAUUGAAAAUCUCUCCUUUUUAUGGACUGCCAUAUAUCAAGACCAUUUUUAAUUUACUUUGAAAAAAGCGUUUUCACUUUCGUUU